UUUGGGGGUGCGCAAUGGGGAGGCGGCAGAGCGAAGUGGAGGGAGUGGCCAGCGGCCGUGCCCAGAUUAAGUGGGAGGCGCGCCGGGCGUGGGCACUCCGAGGGCCCGCUGGCUCCGGCUCCCGGCGGUGCCAUCUCGCUGCUUUCCCGUUCUACAAGCCGCCUCCAACUUGCAGCCGCUGAACUUGCCCGGGAGGGCGUGGUGAAGAGAGAGGCGGCUGAGUCGCUCCUGGAUUUGGGCGCAGCAGAGCCUGGAGGUGUGCGCCCUGCGGGCUGGCGAUGAGGCGGCCCCUGGCGCUGCGGGCGGCCCCCGGAGACCACAAGCCCAGGACAUAGCGCCUCACUCAUGAGGCGGGCGGUCCGGAGGAGGGGAGCGGCCCGACAGACCUGUUCGGAAGGACCCAGGCCGUCUGUGCAGUGAGCCCCGCGCAUGGAGUUAGUCAGGUGCGCUUUCAGGUGGAUCAAGCCCUUGGCCACAAACCACUGGUCAGUCAUCCUUAUCGUCUUUUCUAUGCAACAUGCAUACGGGAGCGGAAAGAAGUUCACCAGUCCUUGUGCAGGAAGAGAUCGCUCUGUUUGCCAGUGCUUUCCUGAGAAGGGGUCUCGGGGACAACCAGGACCACCAGGGCCCCAGGGUCCUAUUGGACCACCAGGACCUCCAGGACCCAUUGGGAUUCCAGGAGAGAAAGGGAUGAGAGGGGACAGCGGCCCUCCUGGAGCAGCCGGUGAAAGAGGAGACAAGGGUCCAACUGGUGUUCCUGGAUUUUCAGGUUUGGAUGGCAUCCCUGGGCACCCAGGGCCUCCCGGACCCAGAGGCAAACCUGGCUUGAAUGGCUACAACGGGUCAAGAGGUGAUCCAGGGUUUCCGGGAGAAAGAGGAGCUCCUGGUCCCAGAGGCCCCCCAGGCCUUCCUGGGGAAAUUGGAGAAAAAGGAAAUUCCGUGUUCAUUUUUGGUGCCAUCAAAGGUAUGCAGGGUGACAGAGGGGACCCAGGACCUCCCGGCUUACCAGGACCGAGGGGUGCUAGAGGACCGGCAGGCCCCGUGGGCUACCCAGGAGAGCCGGGGAUACCAGGACCUCCGGGCCAUCCUGGGAGUCCAGGUGUGAAGGGUAAUCCUGGCGUGGGAGUAAAGGGGCAAAUGGGAGACCCGGGUGAGGUUGGCCAACAAGGUUCUCCUGGACCGACCCUACUGAUACAGCCACCGGAUUCUAGUCUCUAUAAAGGAGAGAAGGGUGUGAAAGGAAUGCCGGGAAUGGUCGGACCUCCGGGACCUCCAGGACCCAAGGGAGAACCUGGUGUCGGGGAAAAAGGAGAAAAGGGUGUUCCUGGCUUCCCGGGCCCUCGGGGUGAGCCCGGCUCCCAUGGAUCUCCAGGUUUUCCGGGAUUAAAGGGGGAACAAGGAUACCCUGGAAGCCCUGGGCCGCCCGGACUUCCUGGGCCAAAGGGGGAUACUGGAGAUCGUGGGCCCCCAGGACCACCAGGGAUUUUGCUGACUCCACCUCCUCCAUUCAAAGGCCCUCCGGGAGAUCCAGGCCUCCCUGGCCGUUACGGAGAAAUGGGGGAUGUUGGGCCUCCUGGUCCCCCCGGGUCCCCAGGUCUGCCAGGGGAAGCCUGUCCAGGCACACCAGGACUCCCCGGGCUGCCGGGGCUCCCCGGCCCUCCCGGGGCUCCAGGGGAAGCAGGUGUUCCCGCGAGACCUGACCUGGCGCCGGGGAAACCGGGGCGCCCGGGGCCUCCGGGGUCGCCGGGAGCACCAGGAUGUCCGGGGCCUCCAGGAUCAGAUGUUAUAUAUUGUAGUGUUGGGCAUCCCGGACCACCAGGAGUAAAAGGCAAAAUGGGUCCUCCCGGAAGAAGAGGCUCAAAAGGAGAAAAAGGAGACGCAGGGCCCUGUGCCUGCAAGCCUGGCCCCGUGGGCGCCCCGGGCCUCCCUGGCCUUCCCGGGAGGCAGGGCAGUAAAGGAGACUUGGGGCCCCGCGGGUGGCCUGGAGAGAAAGGUCACCCGGGCCCUCCUGGUGCUGAAGGGCCUCCAGGGCCACCGGGAACACCUGGUGCCCCAGGACCGCCUGGCCACAAAGGAGAAAAGGGAGACAGGGUUGUAGCCAGACUGAAAGGGCACAAAGGAGAAAGAGGGCCUGAUGGGCUCCCGGGACCCCCAGGGCAGCGGGGACAACACGGUUGGGACGGACAUCCUGGCGUGCCAGGGGAUCCAGGACCCCCAGGGGAUCAUGAAGACGCGGCCCCAGGUGACCCAGGGUCUCCGGGACAGCCAGGCCCCCCUGGGAGAGAAGGACCGAGGGGGCCUCCAGGACUGGGAUUUCCCGGCCCACUGGGAGCAAGGGGGCAGCCAGGAGCCCCAGGCCGCCCAGGGGAGAGGGGCCCCGAUGGCCCGAAGGGUCAGAAAGGUGAUGCAGUUCCUUGUAAUGUCAGCUAUCCUGGGCAGCCAGGCCCUCCGGGUGCGGAUGGACUUCCAGGUCCGAAAGGAUUUCCUGGUCCUCGGGGUACUCCAGGGCCGAGGGGUUUUGACGGGCAAAAAGGUUGUCCUGGCAAACCGGGAGUAUCAAAAAUACCUGGUCCACCUGGUGUUCGUGGUGGCAUGGGAGAUCCAGGUUUGGAAGGGGACAAGGGCUCCUCUCCUGCCGGGCCCCCAGGCCCUCCUGGUUUACCUGGACCGGAUGGUCAGAAAGGAGCCCCUGGAGACCCCGCUUAUGGCCACCCAGGACCCCCAGGAAAGAGGGGUCCUUCAGGAAUGCCGGGGUUGAAAGGACUCAGGGGUGACCCAGGACAUCCCGGGCCUGCAGGGCCAGCUGGCGUGCCCGGAACCCCAGGUCUCAAAGGCCCUAAAGGCAGAGAGGGAAGUCCCGGGUUUCCAGGCAUCCCAGGUCCACCGGGCCAUUCCUGUGAAAGAGGUGCUCCCGGGACACCAGGGCCACCAGGUCUCCCUGGGGCUCCAGGCAGUCCAGGUGCCCCGGGCUGGAAAGGACAGCGAGGGGAUGCGGGGCCUCCUGGACCAGCUGGAAUGAAGGGCCUCCCCGGAGUCCCAGGGGGGCCAGGGGUAGAUGGACCCCUAGGACCCCCGGGAAUCCCAGGCCCCUCUGGGGACGAUGGACUACCUGGUCAUCCAGGCCCCAAGGGACCCCAGGGGCUGCCUGGCUUGCCAGGCUUUCCUGGAGAGAGAGGAAAGCCUGGCCCCAAGGGACACCGUGGCAGAAAGGGGGACGCUGGAGAGCAGGGCUGGCCUGGCUCCGGGGGAGACCAGGGAGUGAGAGGCGCCAAAGGAGACACAGGACCCCCAGGAGAUGAAGGAGAAAUGGCUAUAAUUUCCAAAAAGGGGAGCAUUGGGGACACUGGACCUCCUGGAGAUGAUGGACCCCCAGGAGAACAAGGUGAUAAAGGCUAUCCUGGGAUGCCGGGGAGAAGAGGAGAUGCGGGAAGACCCGGACCACCUGGAUUUCACAGAGGAGAGCCUGGUGAAGAUGGGUGGCCAGGGCUUCCUGGACCCCCAGGCCCUCCAGGCUCCCCUGGGCCCAGAGGGAUCAUCGGUUUUCCGGGAUUUCCAGGUGACCAGGGUGAGCUGGGUCUUCCAGGGCCCCCUGGACCUUCCGGAAUGGAUGGAAUGAGCGGACCCAAAGGAAGCAAAGGAGAUCCUGCAAGUCGGUUUGGGCCGCCUGGUCCAAAGGGUGAGCCCGGUAUCCCCGGAUGUCCAGGGCACGUGGGAGCGCCCGGCGAGAGGGGCGCGGCCGGGGCCGAAGGGCGCAGAGGACCGCCGGGACGGCCGGGACGGCCGGGUUUCCCCGGCCCGAAGGGGUGUCCAGGUCAUCCAGGGAGGCCCGGGCCAACGGGACCUCCAGGAGAAAUCGGGGAUCCUGGACCAGGAGGCCUCAUCGGGGAUCCCGGGCCACCAGGUCUUCCGGGGAUAAAAGGUCCCUCUGGGCUGCCUGGCCUGAACGGCUUGCAUGGUUUAAAGGGUCAGAAAGGAACCAAAGGCGCUUCAGGUUUGCAUGAAAUGGGCCCACCUGGUCCCAUGGGAAUGCCUGGGCUGAAAGGGGAGACAGGAGACCCCGGGCAUCCAGGAAUUUCUCCUCCAGGCCUUUUUGGAGAAAAAGGCCCCCCAGGCCCUCCAGGGAGACCUGGACCACCUGGGCCUGCAGGUGCCCCAGGAAGAGCUCCCACGGGUGACAUUCCUGACCCGGGUCCACCUGGAAAUCAAGGACCUCCUGGCCCUGAUGGUCCACAAGGACCACCCGGGCCUCCGGGGCUCCCUGGGAUCGUGGACCUUGUGCCAGGGGAACCGGGUGACUGUGGCCUGCCGGGGCCCCCAGGCCCCCCGGGCCCAGCAGGCCCUCCGGGACACAAAGGCUACCCAGGAUGUGACGGCAAAGACGGCCGGAAAGGACCGAUGGGAUUCCCGGGGCCGCCGGGGCCACACGGACGUCCUGGGGCACCUGGAGACAAGGGUUUACCUGGCCCUCCAGGCAGACAAGGGCCCCCUGGGCCGCCAGGUUCCAGAGGUGAACCGGGGCCGCCUGCAGAUCUGGAUGCCUGCCCCCGCAUCCCGGGGCUCCCUGGGGUGCCAGGCCCAAGAGGACCAGAAGGAGCCAUGGGGCUCCCUGGAAUGAGAGGCCCUCCAGGAGCAGGGUGCAAAGGAGAGCCCGGGCCUGAUGGCAGGAGGGGCAAGGAUGGCAUCCCAGGGCCUCCCGGGCCUCCGGGACACAAAGGUGACAUGGGAGAAGCCGGCUUCCCGGGAGCACCAGGCCCUCCAGGGCCCACUGGGGAUCCUGGGCCCAAGGGGUUCAGCCCUGGCUACCUCAGCAGCUUCCUCCUGGUCCUCCACAGUCAGACAGAUGGAGAACCCACCUGCCCCGUGGGCAUGCCCAGGCUCUGGACGGGCUACAGCCUGCUGUACCUGGAAGGGCAGGAGAGGGCUCACAAUCAAGACCUUGGUCUGGCCGGGUCCUGCCUGCCCGUGUUCAGCACGCUGCCCUUCGCCUACUGCAACAUCCACCAGGUGUGCCACUACGCCCGCAGAAACGACCGGUCCUACUGGCUGGCCAGCGCCGCGCCUCUGCCCAUGAGGCCGGUGUCGGAGGAGGACAUCCGCCCGUACAUCAGCCGCUGCGCCGUGUGCGAGGCCCCGGCUCAGGCGGUGGCGCUGCACAGCCAGAACCAGUCCAUCCCCCCGUGUCCGCGGGCCUGGCGCAGCCUCUGGAUCGGGUACUCCUUCCUGAUGCACACGGGGGCUGGGGACCAAGGAGGAGGGCAGGCGCUCACGUCGCCUGGCAGCUGCCUGGAGGACUUCAGAGCCGCCCCGUUCCUGGAAUGCCAAGGCCGGCAGGGGACGUGCCACUUUUUCGCAAAUAAGUACAGCUUCUGGCUGACGGUGGUGCAACCACACUUGCAGUUUGCUGAGGCACCGUCGCCCGACACCUUGAAGGACGGCCAGGCCCAGCGGCAGAAAAUCAGCAGGUGCCAGGUCUGCGUGAAGGUGAGCUAGAGAACCCGGGACUCGCGGGAUGCCAGGAGGACCUUCCUGGCGGGGACCCGGUCGUCCCAGGCUGUGCCGGGAGCUUCAAUGGUGCUCAUUUCGGGCCCCCGUGGUGGGGGUCCGUGCUGCCGCCCCAUGGCGAUGCCCACAGUACUGUACUUCCCUGCUCCGUGCUGGACAGACGAAGCAAAUGCUGCGUGUGUGGAUGUGGUUGCCCUCACCGACCUGGAUGCGACCCAGACACCCUUAUUCUACGGAGGAGGGGCAGAAGGGUUGGCUUUCUUUAUACGUAUAGAAAAGCUAAGUCACAGGAAGGCAAAUAGAUGGCAGAUUACAAAUUACAUUUACUGAAAACCCCAUUCAUUGGUUAAUAGCCCCUCAAACCAUGGAAGUCAAUUACCCUGUGAUACAGGGGGGCUUCCGGAUGGAUUUUACGGGGGGGAAAAAAAAUAAAUAGGCCAACAAAUGAAACUGGAAUGUAGAGAUUUCCAACAUUUCAAAAUGAUUUCCUCUGUCAUCUACUUUUUCAUGCACUUUAAAUAAUUGUAAAACCAUGACCCCAGGAGAUUUAAAAAACAAAAAACCCACAUGGCCGGCAUUAACCGUUCAUUUCAAAGCAGAGUGAACCGUUGUGGCAGAGAGGACCCCAGUUGCUGGGUCCAGGGAUGCGGCAUUAGCAUAAAUACAUUACAGAUGCACGCACCACAUUAUGUCCUCCGCGGCGCUGUUCGGAGAACAGAGAAAUGCCUGCUCGGGCAACCCCUUUUGAAAAGUAGCAAUUAUGGAAAAAAUAUAUUCAGUAUAAGGGAUUAAGAGCCUAAAGGCUAUUAAUGAAUAUGAAGACAGUGAUUCACAAAAACUGACUUCCCAUGGCCGUGAACUUCCAGACAGACGGCAUUUCCCCAGUCGGGGUCCGGCCUGUCCCUGGUGCGUGCGUGCGUGCUAAUGGGCCCCCAGCCACAUGGGGCUCCCCCAGGCGGCACGUGGCUCGCACAAAGCGUCUCGCUCUCCCCGGCGGCCCCCCGUGGAGCUGGCUCGCAGCCCGCGGUGGACCCUCCGCCUCCUCUGCAUAAUAGCCGCUCACACGGGGCAGUGACAGGGCCAUCAUUAUGCAUGUGGGGGAAAAUGAAGGGCUGACUUAAUUAAACUUAGGUAAGAAGAUUCACUGGAAGUCACGGUCACCCUACCAGAAAGGCACGGCACUAUCUUUAAAUGAAACAAAGACGACCUGCCAUUUGAAUUUUAUAUUCCUGUCAUCGAGUUGCACAGGAGCCUCCUGUUUCUCCAGUUUUAAAAACAUCCCUUUAUUUUCUAUCAGUAUUAUAUACCAGGGAAGCCGUGUGACAUUUGGUAUUAGUAUUUUCCAUAAAGGUUUAGAAGUUAUGUCAAUUUAUAAUGAGUCGUUUUCUGAAGAGCAAAGGAUAUGGUUUCCGUCUCGCUGUGGUUUCAGUGGUCUGACCCUAAAUAUCCAAAGGCUGGUUGGAAAGGAUUUUUAGGAGACUUGCCUUUCUCAUUAAAAAAAAAAAUGUCACUUUAGAGAAAAUGAAAGACAUUUCUCAUGAGAGAGUGACACAUUGUGGUGCUUAGUUUCAGUGUGCUAACAAAUAAUCGAGAGAGGUUAAACUCAGUUAAAAGCUCGUUUAUGAGGAAUGUUAGCCAUGCCAAACACCGACCGGGAACGUGCCCUUCUGGGCAGGACACACUUCCAGUGGGUCUUGUCAGGGGUGUCCCUGGUGACAGUGCAUUUUUAAGAACACUUUCCGGUAAGAAGAAAAAGGUACACUUUCAGAUGAGACGCUUUCUUGAUGUGCCUAGUUCAUACGACCCGCUUACUGAUUCUUUUAAACUGUGCUAUGUUAUGUCCCAUAUUUUUGAGCGCCUGAGGUUUAAGCUCUUGCUGUUUCUACCAGUGAUGCUCGCAUCACACCCCCAGAGGUUGAACCGCCAGCCAAUGCCUUAUCCUCAAAGACUGAUUGAGUUGAGGGAGAGGAGCAUCCGGGAAUUCCUCCAGGGGACUUGGAGCUGCCCACCCACGCUCUCCCGUCCCUCCACGGCUCCUGCCGGGUCUCGUCACACUUCCUCCUCUCUCCGGCUGGACCCGAAGCCCCUCCCUGCCCGCACCUGCCAGGGCAGGGCCGGCCCCACUCCCCUCUGUGUGCCCAGUACCCACACGGAGCUGAGCGCAUAGCGACACGGUUCUUUUUUCACUGGCAACUCAGUGGGCACCGUGAGGCAUUAGAGGUUUUGCUUUGCACAUGGGCUUCUCCUUGGCGGAACGGUGACCGGCGUGAACCAUUUCUUAUUUCCAAGUAUUUGAAUGUGACGACCUGUGGGCAUAGCCGUGAUCUCUUCUUACAACCAUUCACAGGACACCAAUUGAUAAACUGGAACCAUCACCCCCCUCCUGGAGAAGAGCUAUUUUUGCAGAAACUGACAUUUCACAGAUGAGAGCUGAGAGUUUGGGCUGAGGGAAGACUUCUCAUUGACAUGGGACAUGACUUGACCCGGGCUGAAUGCUGCCCUCCCUCGUGGUGUGAGCGUUUCCUAGCCCAAGAUCUCCUCUGAAAACGGGGUGUCCGUGUUCCCGGUGCUAAGAAAACCGUCGGCGGGACGGUGCCCGACGACUGGAUCUCACCAAAGAUGUUACUUUGAGCCUCUCAGACAUGACAAUGAAACAAAUCAUUCUGUGCGUUCCAGGAAAGCACAUCUGGUUUGUGCUUCCAUGAGCUCACCAGACUAAUUGGAUAAUUGUUACUUUUAUUUGGUACGGCUUUAAGGAGAGUGGGAAAAUGUGGGCCUUCGAACUGGUUGAACCCAGGUUUGAAUCUGGCCCAGGCACGCUCUGCUGGUACCGUGGGUGAGUUCCACCAGUUCCCUGGGCCCCACUUUCCUCAUGUAUAAAGUGGGGUGUCACACCUACUCUCGCACUGGAAGUGAAGUUCGAUUGCAUGCCUGAUACACAGCAAUCACUGUGUGCUGAUUACGGUCACCUGUUCCAUUGAAAACCAACCACUUCAUAUGAAAAAUGUUUGUUUCUUUUUUUUUACAUAGAAUUAUGCUUCUCACAGGCAUAUAAAUUACUAAUUAGAAUUAUUUAAACGUGGUCAAUUCUUAAUGUCUGAAAGGGCUAUUUUAUAUCAAUUGUUAAAAUGACUAUACCACACACACGAAAAAGUCACAGUUCUUACAGGGACAUUACCAGGAAGUUCUGCAGGGAACAAAACAGCUGACAUUAAAAACCAGUACUCUGCAACUGUCAUUGUUAUUAUCUGCCAGAGAUUCUGCAUAAUGCAUUUGAAACCACCAAGGCUGGCUGCCACAGUCGUGCAAAAUGCUUGAAUUUUAUGGUGCUUAAAUAUUUAACGAUUCAUAGGAAAAAUGUGAAACGGGUCCAAUACAUUGCAUCCCUUUCUCUAACCUAUGGUUGUAAAGUUAAAGACUUUUAACAUGUACCAUUUGCAAGGUGCCUGGUCUGCUAUUGACACUUAAGUCUUCAUUGUAUUACAACUUAUAAUAUCACUGAUUAUAUAUAUAUAUAAAGUUCUGUGAUGACCUCCCAAAACA